AUGGUAACCAACGCACACACACGAAUAAAGUAUCAAAUCAAACCUUUCACCCUUCUCUACACACACACCUCACCGGACCCGAUCCCGGACUUCCUCUCGAGUCAUGCCGCCUCCAUCAGAGCCGUCGUCAGCGUCGGUAGGCUUCCGAUAACCGCUGAAUUCAUUUCAAACCUCCCUUCUCUCGAGAUAGUGGUUUGCGCUAGCGUCGGCGUCGAUCACGUCGAUUUCGACGAGUGCAGGCGUCGCGGUGUCGUGGUCACGAACGCCGGCGACGCGUAUGGGGAGGACGUGGCGGAUCUUGCUGUUGUCUUGCUUAUAAGCGUCCUUCGCCGCAUUUCUGCCCUAGAUCGAUACAUCCGCUCUGGUCAGUGGACGAGACUCUGGGACUAUCCAUUUGGGUUCAAGUUAAACAAAAAGAAAGUGGGGAUAGUUGAAUUGGGAAGCAUAGGCUCUCUAGUCGCCAAAAGACUCGAUCCCUUUGGCUGCAUCAUCUCUUACGACUCGAGAAGCCCGAAACCAGACGUACCAUACUUUUACCAUCCUGAUAUUCUCUCUUUAGCAGCCGACAACGAUGUCCUCAUCCUCUCCUGCUCUCUGACUGAUGAAACACACAACAUUGUGAACAGAGAGGUGAUGGAGACGCUUGGGAAGAAUGGUGUUAUCAUAAACAUAGGGAGAGGCGAGCUUAUAGAUGAGAAGGAGAUGGUGAACUGUCUGGUCGAAGGAGUGAUCUGGGGAGUGGGUUUGGAUGUGUUUGACAACGAACCGGAAGUGCCUGAAGAACUGUUUGGUCUUGAAAACGUUGUCUUGUCUCCACAUUCUGCUGGAAUGACGGCAGAGUCUUUGAAUAAUGUCACAGAGGUUACUCUGUCUAACUUGAAAGCGUUCUUCUUGGACCAGCCUUUGAUCUUCCCCAUUGAACUCGAUUGA